UUGUGACAGUCUGACAGUCAGCAAAAUUAACCAGGAGCUGUGGGACCAAAUCCAACCUAUGACGAGGUCACAAGACAUAAAGCUUCAAAAGGUUUAGGCCACGCUGAUCAAAAGCAUGAUCCCGGUGGUUAAUAUUGCAAACAAUAUUCUAGAAGCGAGGGCAGGACGAGCUCAAAAACUCAGUGACGAUGAAAUAUUCAGACUGGUUACAGAUAGCCUCAGUCUGGUUACAUCAACAAACCAAAGCAUAACGUCUCGUCGACGGGAGCUAAUCAAGACAGAUCUAAAAGAUGAAUACAAAUCACUGUGUGCCAACAAGCUGGACGAGACUAAGUCUCUGCUUGGUGAAGAUCUUCUGCAGAAGGUUCCAAAUAUAAACACAACAAAUAAGGUCACAAACCAGCUGAUCCAGCGUCCAUAUGGCAGGGGGCGAUCAUACUACUCCGGCUAUGGCCGAGGCAACCGAUGUAGAUAUACCCCUUACUACAACCAUGGUGAUGGAUACUUUAAGAGGUGCUGGACCUGGACAUAUGGGUUUUUUAGGCCGAGGGGGGCGUGGCCGAGGGGGGCGUGGCCGAGGGGGGCGUGGCCGACGCCCUCCAUAUCAGCAAUCCCGAGGCAAGACGACAGGGAAGAAAGCGCAACAAUAAGUGUACAACAGUCCUCAUCAGCCAGUUCUUACAGAAGUUGAGUCAGGAGGAAGCAGAGGGGGUGAUUGUAGUACCUGUGUGGACGACCCAAUGCUGAAAAACUAAACCUCAUGAUAAGCCGUAAAUCGGGCAAGACCUCCAAAGUAAAGGAAUUUCAGAGGAGGCUGCCGGUGUCAUCUUGGACUCCUGGAGAACUUGUGCAAAACAACCUUACAGAGAUGGACUGUGUUUUGUGAUAAAAGGAAGACUAAUCCAAUGUAUCCAUCGGUAGCUCUUGUGCUGGAUUUCCUUAUGUCAUUAUACAAAGAUGGACUUACAUGUAGCUAUAGUGCCAUAAAUACGGCGAGAUCUGCAUUAGCAGCCGUACUCACUUUACCUGGAAAUGUUAUGUUGGGAACACACCUUCCUAUUUGCCGUUUCCUCAAGGGUAUAUAUCAACGAAAACCAGCAAUACCAAGGUAUGCAACUACCUGGGAUGUAAAUACAGUUAUCCGGUAUCUUAAGACAUUAUUUCCUGUGGAAACGCUAACCUUAAAACAGGUAACUUACAAAUUAGUGACGCAUCAAAGGCUACAAUUUCCCGAUGGGUGAAAGAAACAUUACAAUUAGCUGGGAUUGACACCACAGUCUUCAAAGCUCAUAGCACACGUGCAGCAUCAACCAGUGCCGCAAUGAAAGGAAAUGUUCCAUUAGACACUAUUUUGAAAACAGCAGGUUGGAACAAGGAUUGUGUGUUUAGAAAGUUUUAUAACAAGCCUAUCAUGAGUGACAAUUCGUUUGUUUUAUCAGUGUUGGCUAGAUCUGGAAAGGACAUGGAAUGAUCAAACUUUUUUGGUGGUGCAUUGGCAGAGAGACAGCAAUAGCACUGUGAUCAGGACUCUAUGGACAUGUAUUUUAUAUAUGACAUUCGUGUACCGGUACAUGGUUUUCUGUGCAUUGUCAGUGUAUAUAUGUUUUGAAGUUUAAUAGAACAUUUUUACUUGAGAUUCU